GCGAUAAGCCUGGCGGUGACAAGCCUGGCGGCGGUGGAGGAGACAAACCCGGUGGUGGCGGCGGUGGAGGAGGAGGAGGAGGAAAAGGCGGCGGCGGCAUGACGGAAUGCAACUCGUUCCGCAUGCGAGCCAAAGGCUCCGUCUCGGGCUGGGUCGGCCAACUGGACAGCGGCCAGCUGCGAAUCGGCCUCGAGCCCGUCAUCCUCCGCAUGGAAAAGGGCGAGAUUGUCGAUACCCGCCGGCGCGGCAUGUGGUGGACUCGUAAGUUUCUGAACCCCUUUCCCCGUUCUCUCCGCCACAACACGAACUUUGGAAGCAGAUAGACUGACAUAUACAAACAGCCCCUACCGAGACGCUUCAAUGUGAUCAGGGACAGAAGCCCGACAAGGGCUGGAGCGCGGGCUGCGAUGGCCGGAUGAAGUUCCAGGACCAGACGCGGUACUUCCAGUGCGAGGCGGAGAACCAGACGUAUAACCUGUACAAGAAGAACGAUCAGGGCGUCAAUUGUGGCGAGAUCACGCUUUAUAUGAGCGGUUGUGGGCGCGGGGAGGGUGAUGGCAUGGGUGACAAGCCUGGCGGCGGC